CGUGACAUCAGGGGUUAGACUAUAACCCGUACACGCGUAGUUUUGUCUAACCUCUCUUUGUUGUUAACAGAAACUUUUAAAAGUUUAAUAUUAUCGCUACAAAGCUUAAAUAAGAUUAUUUGCUAUGUCAACGGUGAAACUUACUUUUUCUAGAUAUAGACAAAUGCGAUUGUACUCAACAAAAGAAAAGAUGAAAGUUAUAAAUGAUGUUAAUGAAUUACUUUCAAAUAAAAAUCUUAAACAUAAGGAACAUCCAGGUAUAAUGAAACCUAGGCUUGUAGAUCAACCUAGUUGGCUUCAAAACACAGUUCUAAAUGUUUUACAUGAGAAAAAUAUUUCACCAAAAGUCAUAUACAAUUGCAGUCGAAGACUAGGAAAUUACUUACAUAAUCGAUAUCCUCCAGCAGAAAAAGAAGAUAUUCGUUUAAAAAUGGAAGAAGUUAAGAAAAAAUUGUAUGGAAAUGAAAUGCCAAAUUUAAAUAAUAAUUUGAUAUUUGAAAAUCCAAAUGCUCAAAGACUUCUCAAAUGUUUGGUAUAUAAUUGGGCACCAAUUCAAUAUGAUACAUACACAAGUCUAGCAUAUUUAACAAAUAGAAGCAUGCCUGAAUAUUCUGCUUUAUAUAAAAUUUUUAAUGAAAUUGUUAAUCGUGAUAAAAACUUCACACCACAAACAUUAUUUGAUUUUGGUUCGGGUACUGGAACAGUUAUGUGGGCAGCCUCACAAUUCUGGGUGGAUACUAUCAAGGAAUAUUAUUGCGUUGAUAUUUCUAAAGAUAUGAAUGAAUUGUCUGAAUACCUCAUAAAAAGAGCUGUACCAAAAAUUAAACAAAAGUACAUUUUCUAUAGACAAUUUUUUCCUGCAUCUCCAAUUCCAACUUAUGAUAUUGUGGUGAGUGCAUAUUCUUUACUGGAAUUACCAAAUCAAAUUUCUCGUCUUCAAACAAUUUUAAAAUUAUGGCAAAAAACAGAACAGUAUUUAAUUAUUAUAGAACAAGGAACAAAUGCUGGAUUUAAAGUGAUUAAUGAAGCUCGAGAUUUCAUACUUCAUUCUAAAAAAGCACGCAAUGCACAUGUAUUUUCACCUUGUCCUCACGAUGAAACAUGUCCUAUACAUAUAAAAAAUGAUCAUCCUUGUAAUUUUGAAAUUGCUUAUUUGACAUUACAUAUUAGUGAAAAAUCUAAAUAUAAACGAGAGAAUUAUUCGUACAUAGUACUCAAAAAAGGUAAACGCCCUGAAGAUGAUUUAAAGUGGCCGCGAAUUGUUAGAGAAGUAUUGAAACGUUCUAAACAUUGUAUAUGCCGUAUGUGUACAUCUUCCGGAAAAUUAGAGGAACAAAUUUUUACCACAUGGAAAAAUGGAAAAAACACAUAUCGUUGUGCAAGGAAUAGCGAAUUAGGUGAUCGUCUACCUUUUGAAAUUGAGGAAAUUAAAGAAGAAAAUGAAGCAAUGGAACAGGAAGAAAUAAAGAUUAAGGAAGAAAUAGACGAAGAGGAAAAAUUUAAAUGAAAGGCUCACAGGAAAAACAGAGAAUGUCAAUUUUAAUAAAUUUUAAAUUCAAGAUUUUUUCGCAUGCUUUUACUUGUGUUAUGUAUGUGUAUUACGAAUUAAAAUUUUACGUUUAUUUUGUUAUAUGUAAAAAUAAAAAAUAAAUGCAAUAAAAAAUA